CUAAGGACAGGGUAUCUCACAAGGAAUGCAUCGAGCAAUGCUUUAAAGGAAUCAUUGUCCACACUAUGUCACUGCAUAUGGAUUCGGAAACUUAAAUGCUUGUUACUUCAUAACAAGUCUCUGCCAAGAUAUGCCAACAACAAAGACAAACAAGAAUAUACCGGAGAAAUCAAGUUUUUUGUAAUAAAUUUGACAGAUUGAACGAAGUUCUCAAUGAUUCUCGCUACCUUAAAAUCUAGCAUCUUGCGCCAAUUUGAAGAGAGGCAAUAUUGGAGCUAACAAUGAUGAUACUCGUGGUGUUCAUAUCAGUUCUUGUGCUUUCAGCAGCCUUCUUCUUGAUGCAUGCAUGGCGUUCUCCGAUGGCAAUGGAUGCAAUUCCGGGAAACCUGGGUUGGCCUAUUGUGGGAGAAACUUUCUCCUUCCUGUCUGAGUUUUCAAGUCCUUGCGGUGUUUACAGCUUCAUGAAAAAGAGACAGCAGAGGUAUGGAAAGGUGUUUAAGAGUUCUGUUUUGGGGAGACUUACCGUCUUCAUGACUGGGAGGGAAGCAGCCAAGAUUCUGUUAACAGGCAAAGAUGGAAUAGUGAGCUUGAACCUCUUCUAUGCUGGAAAGCAGGUGCUUGGCCCAACUAGCUUGCUCCAACAGACUGGAGAAGCACACAAGCGUCUUCGGCGGUUGAUUGCCGAGCCCCUAUCUGUUGAUGGCCUGAAAAAAUAUUUCCAGUUCAUCAACAAUUUGGCAAUUGAAACAUUAGAUCAGUGGCCUGGACGAACAGUCUUGGUUCAUGAAGAGGCUUCCACAUUCACACUAAAGGUAAUAGGCAACAUGAUAAUGAGCUUAGAACCAACUGGGGAGGAGCAAGAAAAAUUCCGGGCCAAUUUCAAAGUCAUUUCUUCCUCAUUUGCAUCUUUGCCGAUAAAAAUCCCAGGAACCACUCUUUACCGUGGUAUCAAGGCACGUGAUCGGAUGUACGACAUGUUAGAUACAACAAUUUUCAAACGAAGAAAUAGAGAGAGCUUCCGACAAGAUUUCUUAGAAUCCCUGAUAAAGAAGCACUGCAAGGAUACAUCAGAAGGAGAAGAUGAUAAACUUACAGAUACGCAAUUGAAGGACAACAUCUUGACCCUGCUAGUUGCAGGUCAUGAUACCACAACUGCUGCUCUAACAUGGGUUAUCAAAUUCCUUGAAGAAAAUCCAGCUGCAUUGGAACGUCUCAGAGAGGAACACAUGGAAAUUCAAGGUAGCAGAAAGAAUGGAUCUAGUCUCACCUGGUCUGAAAUCAACAACAUGCCUUACACCACGAAGGUGAUUAAUGAAACUCUUCGAAUAGCCACAAUCCUUCCUUGGUUUUCAAGAAAAGCAGCACUAGACUUUGAGAUCGAUGGGUGCAAAAUCAAAAAAGGCUGGUCAAUCAAUUUGGAUGUGGUUUCUAUUCACCAUGACCCAGCAGUUUUUCCUGAUCCCCUGAAGUUUGAUCCCUCUAGAUUUGAUGAACCCUUAAAGCCUUUUAGCUUCCUUGGGUUUGGAAGCGGACCACGCAUGUGUCCUGGAAUCAACCUGGCCAAGCUGGAAAUUUUGGUCUUUAUUCAUCAUCUUGUCUGCAGAUACAAGUGGAGUCCUUUGGAGAAAGAUGAUUCAGUCCAGCCAACAGUUGUCCGGAUGCCAAGGAACAAGUACCCAAUCAUAGUGAAGCCACUUUAA